AUGCCACGAAUGCCGAAUCUAGCGUGCCGAAUCCGCCCAUCUCGCGAAGGUUGUCGAAGCAUGCAAGCGCUGCGAUCCGUGGUGCGGCCGCGGCUGAUCGCGCGCACCUUCUCGUCGUCGUCGGCGCCACCGACCUUUGACAUCCAGUCCUUUGGCAGUUCGUUCGAGCGCGCGUACGAGGACCGCGACCGCUUCUACCGCUGGGACGAGGACGAGCUCUUCAAGCCCGACAUGUCGUUUGUGAAGAAGGCCAUGUCGUUCGCCUUGCUGCACCAUGCGUUUCCGUCCUCGGGCUUGGAUAUGCCCGACUUCAUCGACGGCGCGCAAGUCGCGCUGGACCUGGUACUUCACACGAUCUACACGCCGGAAUUCCAGACCUACGUGCGCGAUACCUCGGUCACGUCGCCACCCGUGGAGCUGCUGAAAAGUGUCAUGUCACCCGAGUGCUUUGAUGCACUCGUCGCCGACUACAAGCGAACACCGGUGCGGCCCAACACGACGGUCGAGCUGCAGCAGCUCGACGUGCACAGCGGGCAGUUUAGCCGGCUGCUCCUUGACGGCCAGCAGAUGAAGCUCAUGCUCUCGGUCUUGUACCACACGACCGAGCACUUGGCGACGACCGAAGCCGGCGCCGCGACGACGACCGAGGCCCGGGAUUCGUACUGCCAAUGGACCUUUGCGACGAGCAUUGCGGACCCGGACAAGAUCGAAUGGGAGCUCAUCGAUAUGUUUGACGACGACAUUUAG